AACCCCGCUACGACGGCAUCUUUCUUUCUCAAUAUUUCUCAGCGCCUCCGUUGUCGUCUCCUUCGCUUCUCCGUCUCCUGCACCCGAAAACCAGAAAUUUCUGGCGAUCUAACGUCAAAUCUCCGGCACCUCAAGUAAAUCCUGACUUCAAAGCAAACGCAUCAGUGUGAGAAUACUGGUUUUCUUCUACAUCUUGUGUUGCUGCUAUUUCGAUGACAAAGUUGGAUCAAACUCUAAAAUGGAGAUGAGCUGCCAGUCAAAUGGCAAUUCUAGUGAUAUUCAACAGCUUUGUAACUCUGGGGGGACCCCAUACCAGGACAAGACUUACUCGGGCUAUAUGCCUCCUCCUCCUCCUUUUGUGAGCGGAUGGAUGUAUGUUAAUGAACAAGGACAAAUGUGCGGCCCGUAUAUUCAGCAGCAGUUAUUUGAAGGUUUAUCUACUGGUUUUUUGCCAGAUGAGCUUCCUGUAUAUCCUGUGGUAAAUGGGGCAUUAAUAAACCCAAUACCAUUGAAGUAUUUCAAGCAGUUCCCUGAUCAUGUUGCUACUGGGUUUGCAUAUCUGAGUCUGGGCAGCAUCUCGAGCACAAGCACGCCUACAAAUUCUCUUAAAUCUUGCAAUGGGGAUUUGGCUACAAUCGCUACAUGUAGUAUACCUACACCAGUUGCUACCGGUUAUCCUGAUUUACAGUAUGACUCCACUUCACAGGCCAGCUACGACACUAGUGUUUCCAAUAAGCUGAUAUUGAACUCCAAAGCACCUAAUCAAGUUACUUCAAAUCAGUCACUGUCAAGUAAAGAUUCUUGCUGGUUGUAUGAGGAUGAGGAAGGGAAGAGAAAUGGGCCAUAUUCUCUUUUCGAAUUAAAUUCUUGGCAUCGAUAUGGAUAUCUUCGGGAUUCGCUGACGAUUUAUCAUGUCAAGAACAAGUGUAAACCCUUCACACUGUCAUCGGUUCUCAAUUCAUGGAAACUUGAUGGACCUGAAACCAUCACCAAAUUUGAUGCCAAAUGUAAUGGUCCAUUGGUAAGCAUUAUAUCUGAAGUCACAGAGGGAGUUUCUUCCCAACUGCACUACGGAAUUAUGAAAUCAGCUCGUAGGGUUGUUUUAGAUGAGAUAAUCAGCAAUGUGAUUGCUGAGUUUGUUACCACCACGAAAGCUCAGAGACUUAACCAGGAUAUGAAGACCUGUUCCUUGGAUGCAAAAAAGUCUGAAAUUGACGGUGAGGCUGGAGUUUCCGGCUAUGUUGCUGAAAGGACAUGUAUCAAUCAAGAUUCGCCUUCACCAAUGACUAAAUCUGUUGGAAGCAUUCAGAACUUUUGGGAUUCUUAUGCAGUUGUUUGUAGAAUGCUCUUUGAUUAUUGCAUGGAAGUCAUGUGGAAUGCUGUCUUCUAUGAUUCAGUGGCAGAAUAUUCAUCUGCUUGGAGGAGAAGGAAACUAUGGACUGGCUCUCCAUUGUUGUGGAGACCUCCUAAUAGAUGUGGUGACUGGGUGGAAAAGAUCACAAAAUUACCUCAUGAAAUUUUAUCUGAUAAUGAUGAUGAUCGUCCCCCUGGUUUUGAACUGUUGGGAGCUGAGUUAGGGCGUCAUGCUCAGCCAUCAUUGAGCUCUUCAUUGGUUCUAAUGGAGGAAAAACCACCUAAACAGAUAGGUCCCUCAUACGAAGACAUGAAGUACAUUGUAGAGCAUAUAGAAAAUGAACUUCAAUUGACUGCAAAGAGUUCCUUGACCGAGUAUGUUGGAUGCUUUGUUGAUGAGGAAGUGAGUAAACUAGUUAAUUUGUCCACAGAAGAGAAUUCAAUAAAGGAGAAUAUUGACUGUUCCCCGAGGAGCAUAGGUGGCUCAUCUGACCUAUGUGACAAUUUGAGGAAUUCAAAUAACACAUCUGCAGAAAUUAUUCUGUCUGAGAUAUGCCCAACUCCAGAAGUAGAAAAACCCUUCCAUAGUUCUUUUCCUGAAAAUCGUAUGUCUAAUUUUCUGGCAAGUGCUUUUAAGGAAGUCUGUUCUCACGUUGAUGAUCUUGAUGGUGACCAAGAAGUAAAUGAACCAUCACCCCCUGGACUCAUAGCCAAUGUUAAAACUCUUGGACAGUCACCUAUUUGCAAAUUCCGACCUUCAAGGUCAGAAGAAUGUAUUCCUAAGAUUGGAGCAUAUGUUGCUACAGCAAUGUUGCGGAAGAAACUCCAUGAUGAUGUUAUUGGAGAAUGGAAAUCAUCAUUUAUUGAUCUGGCUCUUAAUAAGUUUCUUGCAUCAUGGCGAACUUCAAGGAAGAACCAUAUCCGUAAUGAGGAAAAAGCAUGCAACACCAAUAAAGAAGAAUUAAAGCAUUGUCACAGUUCUAUCACUGCAGAAGUAUCUCCAGUGAUCGAUGAAUAUACAUAUCAGCGCAAGAGGUUGCGGAAAAAGUCGGGUUCUUCUGGACUUGUAACUGUAAUUGAUACUGGGUUAAAGAGUGAAACAGUGGAAAAGGCAAAGAAGCUACAUGUUGCUAGAAAUGUGCCGAAGAAUGCUACUGUGAUUCCUAGAAAAAGAAGUCUAAGCAAACUCCAAACUGAAUCAUCUGUUGAUGCCAUAUCUGUGAAAGUUAAUUCUAAAAGGCUUUCAUCAACUGAUAAGUCAGCAGCUAAGAAUGCUAGUUGUCGGAAGCCAUUGAAGGGUUCUCAUGAACAAAGUUGUGAGCCCAUUGACAAUGUUAUUGAUGGCAUCAGCUCAGUUAGGGGAUCCCAAACUGAAUUAUCUGUUGGUGCCAUUGCCUUGCAAGCCAUUGAUAAGAGGUGUUCAUCCGCUGAUACAUUAGUAGCUAAUAAUGCUAUUAGUCGGAAACGAUUGAAGGUUUCUCAUGCAGUUAAAGGUAGUGAACCCGUGGAGUGCACUCCUAAACCUAGUAAAAGGAUGGUUUCAGCUCAUGUCCAGGAUCACAAUGAUAUUGAGAAUGUUGUAAAUAGCCAUGGUCGUGAUGAUCAACUUAAAGGAGAGCCUUUAACUAAGGUGUUGAAGCUGAAAAGGGAGCGUCCAGUUGGCGGUUCACAAUUGCCACAUCCCAAAAAGGUCUUGAAAGUAGCCAAUGAUGUUCUCAAGCAAGCAGCAAAUAUCCCAGUCGCAGUAAGAAAGGCCCGGUCCAGUAAGUCAAAGACAUCAAAUCCUUGCCCUAAAUCUGAUGGAUGUGCCCGUGCUUCAAUUAAUGGCUGGGAAUGGCAUAGAUGGUCACUAAAUGCAACUCCUGCUGAAAGAGCUCGUGUUAGGGGAAUCAAAUACGUUAAUGCCCAGUACCGGACUUCUGACACUAAUACAUCACAGUGGUCAAAUGGCAAGGGUCUUUCUGCAAGAACAAAUAGGGUGAAGAUGCGCAGUCUUCUUGCUGCUGCUGAGGGUGCUGACCUUUUGAAAGCCACUCAAUUAAAGGCAAGGAAAAAGCGUCUACGUUUCCAGCGGAGCAAGAUACAUGAUUGGGGUCUUAUUGCCUUGGAGCCAAUCGAGGCAGAAGACUUUGUUAUUGAAUAUGUUGGAGAAUUGAUUCGUCCCCAGAUAUCUGAUAUACGCGAGCGUCAUUACGAGAAGAUGGGAAUUGGCAGCAGUUAUUUGUUUAGGAUUGAUGAUGGUUAUGUGGUUGAUGCUACAAAACGUGGAGGAAUUGCUAGAUUCAUAAACCAUUCUUGUGAGCCUAACUGCUACACCAAGGUUAUAAGUGUUGAGGGUGAGAAAAAGAUUUUCAUUUAUGCAAAACGACAUAUAGCUGCUGGUGAAGAAAUUACUUACAAUUAUAAGUUCCCAUUAGAGGAGAAAAAGAUUCCAUGCAAUUGUGGUUCAAAAAGGUGCCGUGGAUCAUUGAAUUAGGAAUUUGAGUUCUCCACAUGAAUAAUGUACAUAAUUCUUCCUCAAAUGGAGUUUUGUAGCUGGAUUCAUGUUCAUGCCCUUAUCGUUCAAAGUUUUGGCAGGCCAUUUUGAAGUCAUGUGUUGCUGUUGGGGUGGCAGUAUAUCUGGAGAGUUUUAUACUUUGAUGUGCUUGGAGGUGCUGGAGUUCUUCCAUGAUAGAGAGCAGCCUGCCCUUUGCAAGCUGUUUGAAUACUUUGGACGCUGUAAAUAACAAUGGACGAGUCACAUCAGAGUGCUUCGGCUGGGUUCAGCAUCAAUUGUUAGGAAUCAAUGUUGACAUAAAAGACUGGAUAAUGUGGCCACAGUGACACUAAGAGAAUUUUGCCUACUUUUCGAAGAUAUACCGACUGACCCAUGACCCAUGUGCAUUCUUGUAGAUUUCUCUGUUGCAGAUGAGUUUCUCCUCUUUAGAAACUGUAAAUCAAUUGAUUUCCUGCACAUAACAAAUUUUGGAAUAUCAAAUUCUUGUAUAAACAUGCAUUACUUUAUUUAAUAAAAAGAAAUUGAAUUUUAACAGC